ACGGGCAGGGGAAAAUGCAGUCCUUUCUUGUGACACGGUUUACAAAAGGAAACAAAUGUGUGCGUUACGUAGUCACUGCUGGCCAGUCAGCUGUGGUACAUUCUCGUUCACCUUCCUCCGGGGCUAAGGCUGCUUAGCGUGCUUCCGUGAGGAAGGCAGGGGCGAAGAAGACCGGAAGGAAACCCGGCUUUUUUGCGCAAGCGCACGAAAGCCUAUCCCCAUUGGUCACUUCACGCAGAAGUAGGGGGAGGGCUUCCUCUGCGCAUGCGCUCGGUGUCACGCCCGCUGUCUAAACAACUGACCUGGCGGCGAGGACUAGUUUGUAUCUGCCGAACGUAGCCGGCUGGCCCGGGACUCAAGUACCGGUGUCUACGCAGAUUUCCUCUUAGCUUCUGAAAUCUUCUGUUUAAAGCGGUGCUGCACUCAUACUCAAGUGCCUAAAAAAGUCAGAAUACCGGACUGCCAGCUUCAGGGCCGGACGCCUAGCCAACCUGGUGACUUGGAGCUUCAGAGCCAUGGCAACAGAGUCAGACGCCAAAGCGGAGUCGGCCCUCACCUCAUCAGCCAAUCCGAGCAAAGGCGUGUCUGAAAAACCAAACUAUGCUCUCAGAAGUACUCUCGUGGGACAUACGGAGGCAGUAUCCUCGGUUAAGUUCAGUCCUAACGGAGAAUGGCUAGCAAGUUCUUCUGCUGAUAAAGUAAUUAUAAUUUGGGGAGCCUAUGAUGGAAAAUAUGAGAAAACACUUUAUGGUCAUAGUCUGGAAAUAUCAGAUGUUGACUGGUCAUCAGAUUCCAGUCGUCUUGUUUCUGCCUCAGAUGAUAAAACUCUAAAGAUCUGGGAUGUGAGAUCUGGAAAAUGUUUGAAAACGCUGAAGGGGCACAGUAAUUAUGUGUUUUGCUGUAAUUUCAAUCCACCAUCCAACCUCAUAAUUUCAGGAUCUUUUGAUGAGAGUGUGAAAAUAUGGGAGGUGAAAACUGGAAAGUGCCUCAAGACUUUGUCUGCUCAUUCUGACCCAGUUUCUGCUGUUCAUUUUAAUUGUAGUGGGUCCUUGAUAGUGUCAGGUAGCUACGAUGGUGUCUGUAGAAUCUGGGAUGCUGCAUCAGGUCAGUGUUUAAAAACACUUGUUGAUGAUGAUAACCCUCCUGUCUCUUUUGUAAAAUUUUCUCCAAAUGGUAAAUAUAUUCUCAUUGCAACUUUGGAUAAUACUCUUAAACUAUGGGAUUACAGCAGAGGCAGAUGCCUGAAGACAUACACUGGUCAUAAGAAUGAGAAAUACUGCAUAUUUGCCAAUUUUUCAGUUACUGGUGGAAAGUGGAUUGUGUCUGGUUCGGAGGAUAACCUGGUUUACAUUUGGAACCUUCAGACUAAAGAGAUUGUACAGAAAUUACAAGGUCAUACAGAUGUCGUAAUCUCAGCAGCUUGUCACCCUACAGAAAACAUCAUUGCAUCAGCAGCAUUAGGAAAUGACAGAACAAUUAAACUGUGGAUGAGUAACUACUAAACCCUUUAGGAAUCAAGUAGUAGAGCCAACUUGGCAAAAAGUUAGAUAUUUUAAAAGAUGGUCUCUCUUAAUUUUGGCAUGGUUUUGUAUUUCUUUUUAACAUUGUCUUGAAUUAUGUAAGAUUUUUAAACCUAUAACCUAAAUUUACAAAGCAAGACAGUUGGAAAAGCAAGUCUAGAACCCAUGGCUUCUGACUUUUAAUCUUUUUUUUUUUUUAAUAUGUUUAUUGAUUUCAGAGAGAGGAA